UCGCUCGGACAAAAAAAACAUGCAUCAGAGAAGAAAGCAGCUGAGCUCGACAACAACCCUGACGGGAGACGUCUCCACCACAGGCGAAGGAGGAGAACGCACUCCUUCAAAAAGUCGAAUUCGACAGGGUCUUGGCAGGAGCGACGAGAUGAUAUUCGUCGUCGGAGAGCUGCUCUCCGUAGGCAGUCGUUGGGGCUAUCCGUAGCUCCAUACAACACGAACCAGUUCCUGAUGGAAGAGCAUCAAGGCGAAGUCGAUGAAGAGGAUCUCGUCCAUCCUCGGCGAAAACGAGGCGAUAGCUUCAAUUCGGUGGACUCAUUUGGAGAUGACUACAAUUCGUCGUCGUUCGAAGACGACGAGUAUUUACACGCUCAGUUUUGCGCUGAGUACGAUUCUGUGGCUUCGGAGCGGCUGCACGCGAUGAGCAAAGCUGAACUGGUCCACGAAUACCUUUUGCUCGAGGCAAGAAUAGACUCGUUGGAGGAGGAGCUGAAAGUUGUGAAGAAAGCCGAGGAAACCGAUCAACCCAUGGAAAUUCAAGCAACCGAAGAGGAUAUCGCCAAGAUCAGCGUUUUCCAGCAGGAGAUUUCGAAGCUUCUUGAAGAAAAUCGUCGACUCCAAAUGGAAAAUGAUAAUCUUCAGCAGAAUGUCGUCGUUGUACAGGGAGCUGCCGGUGGUGCGGCGGAGGGAGACGAAGAAUCUAUUUCAGUCGACGAUCAGUAAUAUCCGGCUCUUCACUGAACAGUUGAUUGUCUCCGGCCUGGUCUUGUACGGAUACUGCCGGAAUGUCUCGACGAUGAUGACGAUGAUCGUCAUACAGAAACAGCGUUCUCUUCCAAGCAGCAUUGUGAUGAUCUCGAUGUUUUAUGCUGUCUAUUGCGGCAUUUGAACUCCACAAGAUGGAUAUAUAUUUCUACCAAAUUCACUUCAGUGCCACUGCUUGGGGGAGAUUGAGUGAGAGUCAGAGCAUGUGCGAAGAUUGAAGAAAGUCAAUUGAUCCGCGGCGUACUUGGCUACGUGAGAGGAACCAAGUUUGUUCCGGUUGCUUCCGGUCUUACACUAUCACGGAAGUGAAAUGCAUCACACGUACAGUUGCAACUCGUUUUGUUGCCAACAGAGAGAGGAUGUGUGUUUUUUGUUUCUUUCUCUUUUCUGGAACGAUUGUACAUCAACAAUCCUGAGCCAGUUGAUCAUGAGCCAGUCGUCCUGAGAAGGCACGACGCGAGGCAAAUGUGCGAAUGGGACAAAUAUACAUCGUUGUCCAUUGCGUCGUUCUCUCGAAUUCAUCACGAAUGGCACACAGCCCCGAAGGAAUGCAUGGAAUAGAAUGAACAAGGAGCGAGAGUCCGUGGUUGACAGUGCCUGAAGGGACCCUUAUUGGUCGAAUCUCCUCAAGUCGCGGGAUAUCGGAGAUUUCUACGAGAUACCAUUGUGGAAUCUGUUUUCAUCCAGCAUGGAGAUCGAAACAGGGAAUUUGUUCGACGUGGAGAUUGUGUACGACAUGGACUUGAUGUCGGGGCUUCGUUUUGGAACCUCAUAUGCACCUCAUGAGUAUCGUGGACAUCAUCGUGGAGACGGAUAACGAGUCUCGUCUCGAGUCCUCGAUGCCUUGGACGACUUUUGAUUUUUUCCCCAAUCGAUUCAGUUCAAUUUUCCCGUCUCGUUCGGCUUGACUGCCUCCUCAGUCGCAAGGUCACCCGUGACGAAUAUCUUCUGAUUAUUUUUUUCUCGAUUAUUCUCCAUCCAUGUUUUGUUCCAACAGAGGAAUUCUCUAACCCUCUUUCUUUAUUUUCGACCCAAGAAUUUCUAUGAGUCCGAGAGAAUGAUCGUAUCUUCCGUAUUGGGAUACUUCUCGUACGUGAGUGAUGGAGGCCUGAGUGGAAAGGUGAUGAUGGAAACAACAACGCCACCUCUGUGAUUACGAUGUGAUCGAAAAUUUUUUAUGUUACUACGGUAAACACGGAAUAAAGCGACAAAAAUUAUAUUUGCCCUUUAAAAAA